AUGCCUACUUCAUCUCAAGCUGCAUAUUCACCAAAGCUUUUCCAACAGAUCAACGUUGCUCGAAUGACUCUGCACCACCGCGUUAUUCUCGCCCCUCUUACCCGUUUCCGCACUGACGCGGAACGUGCUCCUCUCCUUCCCAUGGUUUCUGAAUACUACGCCCAACGGGGGAGCACUCCUGGAGGGCACAAUCGCUUCCCCGGAAUAUGGUCUGCCGCCAAAAUUGCGGCUUGGAAGAAGAUCACUGAGGCCGUGCAUGCACGCGGGUCGUAUAUUUACCUCCAGAUCUGGGGCAUUGGGCGAACUGCAGACUCAGGAGCACCGAGCGGAGGGGGGUUAGACUCUCCGUCCGAUAUUCCCCCUAGCUAUCAAUAUACGCCACCAACACCACGAGCACUCACCAUUGGAGAAAUCAAGGAGAAUUUCCGGUUGUUUGCGAAGGCCGCGUCGAAUGCCGUCCAUCUUGCUGGAUUUGAUGGCGUAGAGAUUCAUAGCGCCAACGGCGUCCUUCUCGAUCGGUUUCUGCAAGACGUGACAAACGAACGAACGGAUGAGUAUGGGGGUGGCCCCGCAAACCGCGCGAGACUCGGCCUGGAGAUUUUGGGGGCCGUAGCUAAAGAGAUUGGAGCAGAUAGAAUGGGCAUCCGGAUCAGUCCAUGGGGCAGGUACCAGGGCAUGGGGAUGGCAGACCCCAAGCCGACCUACACGUACUUCGUCUCGCAGAUGAAGGAGCGGUGGCCAAACAUGGCAUAUCUGCAUGUUACUGAGCCACGGGUUGACUCUGGAGCAGAGCUAGGCCCCGACGGCGUGGAUGGAAAGGAGAGGGACGACGAGAGCAUUCCUGCUGAAGAGGAGAAUGAUUUCCUUCGCAGGAUUUGGUCACCCCGGCCGUUCAUCACGGCUGGCGGGUAUACCAGGGAGCUCGCGAUCAAGGCUGCUGAAAGAGGCGAUAUCGUUGCAGUUGGGCGACACUUCCUCGCCAACCCCGACCUACCGUUGCGGUGGAAGGAUGACUUGCCAUCAAACGCGUACGAUAGAUCGACAUUCUAUGUUAUGGGCGACGGUACAGGCAAGGGAUAUACCGAUUAUCCUUUUCUUGACGGGACGACGCCGACGCCGUGGCCCAUCACGACGUUAACGUCUCUCGGUAAAGUGGCCGAAGCACCUUCAGACUCCCCGUGCUAG